AGAGCGAGGGAGAGGGGUGAAAAAAAAAAAAGAAUCUCGCUGUUUGUGUGGAGAGGACGGGAUGGGCUUGAUUAAAGCUGGCGGACGCCAAGGGUUGCGGAGGCGGCGGUGCUUUCCGAAAGAUCCGAAAUUUCACCUCUAGAUUCAGGUGGACGUAAAUGAAUGAAAGCAAUCUGGUGGGAUGCCGAUUCGCCGAGCACCCGCAACUCCGACCCAGGAGAAGGCUCCCUCUGCGGCUGCAGAGAAAGAAGCCACGUCUGAGGAGUCGCCCCCUGCUGGCGAGGAGGAGGCUGCAUCCUCAGCGGCCCCAGCUGAGGGGAACGCAGAGGAGGCCGGAGAGGACUCAAAGGAAGAAACUAAAGAGGAAGACAGUAAAGAAGAUAUUGUGAAAUGCCAGGACUGCGCGGCUGGACAGUGCUCAAGACACUGCUAUGUUCUCCUUCUAAGGAUGAAGGAUGGCUUCAAGUAUAAGAAAUCCAAAAGCAAGAAGGUGAAACGGACAAUUCCUGCGUGGGCUAGCGUCACCGCGAACAAAAACAUUCCCGUUACCAACUUUGCAGGCAGGCAGAACCAGGUGGAAAACGUCCUUGUCGAAGCUAUAGGGUCCUCUAACGAGAGGUCUGGGAUGUCCUUCCAGUCCGUCAUGAAAUAUAUGUUGAAAAAAUACCCGGGGAUGGAGCUUAACAAAAAGAGGUUUCUCAUCAAGAAGGCGAUGAAGAAACACUUGGAGAAGGGCACCAUCAAGCAGCUAAAGGGUAAAGGCCUUUCUGGAACCUUCGCCAUUGGAAAACAGCCUCCCCCAUCUAAGAAAGGUGCUCAGAAGCACGAGUCUCUGGGAGACGCCCUUCCGCUCAUCAUCACUCGGCUCUGUGAGCCCAAAGAGGCCUCCUACAAUCUGAUCAAGAAGUACCUGGAGCAGCACUUCCCCAGCCUCAACAUUGAAAACAGACCUGAUCUCCUGAAGACAGCCCUGGUCAAGGCGGUAGAGAAAGGACACCUGGAGCAAAUUACAGGGAAGGGAGCGAGAGGAACUUUCCAGCUGAAGCGCGCUGCCAAAGACGCUCAGCUGAAGGGCAGCACGUUGGAAGAUGCCAUCACGGUCGCCAUCACGGCGAUGAACGAGCCCAAAACCUGCAGCACUACGUCUCUGCGCAAAUUUCUCGUCGAUUCCAACAAAGACGUGAAGGAGAACCUGUUGGUGGCCAAUCUGAGGAGGACUCUGACCAAGUGUAAAGUGCUGGGCUGGAUGGAGCAGAUCACCGGUCACGGUUUCACGGGGACCUAUCAGCUCUCCUUUCCAUUUUACCCAAGUCCUACCACCCUGUAUCCAGACAAGUUUAAAGAUGCUCCAAAAAAGCCAGCAAAACAGAAGCGGACUGCAGAUUCCUCAGAUGAUGAUGACGACGAGGAGGAGGAGGAAUCUGAGGAAGAGGAGUCAGAAGAUGAAGCUCCAGCUCCUAAGAGGAAAUCCAGGGGGAGGCCUCCUCCCAAAGCCCGCCGCCCUCCACCAGCCAAGAAGCCCCGCAGCGUCAGCAAGUCAAAGGCCAAAGCCGCAGGUCGUGCAAAGAAGUCUCCUGUCAAGAAAACCGAGAGAUCGGGGAGGAACCCGUCUAAGAAGGAAACGGUUUCAACGCCUAAAGCGACACCUGUGAAGAGAGGCGCUCCUUCGAGAAAGUCCAAAACGCCCGCGGUCAAAAAGCUAAGCAAAAGAGGGUCCAGGAAAGCCCCGUCCAGAGAGUCCUCCCCGGAGGAGCCCAAAGUGGAAAAGGCGUCGGCAAAAAGCGGCUCCAGGCGACCAAAACCCGAGGAAUCCUACCCCGAGGAGCCCAAAGUCACGAAGGAGAAGUCAAAAAGUGGAUCGAAGCGGAUCAAAACCGAAGAAGAGUCCUCCCCCGAGGAGCCCGCGGCCAAAAAGCAGGCGCCCAGAGGCGGGUCCAAGAAGCCCGGCUCGGAACCGCCGCCUCCCGAGAAGGCCGGCGCCCAAAAGAACCAGAAAAGCAGCAAACAGUCGGCGCGCAAGUCCAAGAGAGGAAAAUAGUGAACCCAGGAGCGCCGUCCAGAAACGUGCCGCAGCAGCUUUGCUCUCGAUUUUUUACCAUCGUUUUUCUCUGUUUCAGAGGGCUGUAGUUUUAAAGGUUUGCUUUGUUUUGUUUGUUUUUUUACCGUAGAGUAAGAACGUCAUCUUAAGUUGCGUUAGCUGUGCAGGUGCGUGUGUUGAAGUAUUUUAAUUUUAUUUUUUACUCAUGAUGUGUAGAGCAGCUCGGUUAGUGUUGCUGUUAAAGCUGCCAGCUUGGGGAAAGCAUAGCAGGACGCACCUGACUGUACCUAGAACCCUGUUCAUCCAAUCAGUGCUGGCGGCUCACAUUCCUGAUCACAAACUGUUCAGUGUUUUUGUUUUUGGGGGUUUUCCCUAUUAUUUUUUUUUAUUUUAUUUUAUUUUAUUUUUUUUGUUUUUUUUUUAAGGUUGAAGACCUUAGACAGUCAGUGUUGCUGCUUUAUAAAAGAGAGAAAUUCAGACUGUUGUCCAGUGUCUUAAGACUCCAAUCCUGUACAGUGUGGCCAGUACAGGAUUAGAGUCUGAAAUCUUAAAACACAUUCACAACCUUUAUACUGUGGGGUUGGGGGGGGGGGGUAUGGGGGUGUAUGUUCAAGCAGCUAAUGUGUUAAUUUAACUGAGAAGAAAACACUUAGUAUUAAAGUCACAAAGAAAAAAAAAUGUCUGUUUGUGUAAGUAAGCAUAUACGUUGGUUUUAAUAGCCUCACCGCUGUUACUUAGUUCCAAAUGAUAUGACACGUGUUGUAAGAAAUGGGAGGAUACCAGCUCAUACAUACCCUGCAUGCAUGUAUUCCUUGUGUUAUGCAUUUUUUUUUCUUCCCCAAGUCAUUAAUAAAAUGGCUAUAUUUGUAAA